AUGCGUUCACCCAGAGUUCAGCUCUAGUUAGGGAGACAGGAACUGACGGGGUAGUCAGUUUCCUCACCUAUCCGUGCACAAGAGCACCACCGAGCGCGUUCUCUCUGUCUCCAGGAGUAUUUCUGCUUCUUUCCACACACAGCCAAACCGUUUCAGCAGCCCCGGAGGUGUUCACGCACUGAAAAUCUUCUCGCAGUCGCGUUCAGUUUGCACUGGUCCAAUUAAAGUGAAUUUGAAAACGACGAGGCUCAGAACGAAGCAUCUAGAGCGCGCGCAUCUCUCGGAGAGCGCGAGCAACAUAUGUGCUGCCUCUGAAGACUCGGUACAGCACCUCAGUGUAUCUGAAAACGCGAAAAACAAAACAAAACAAACAAAACCAAAAACCUUUCACCCGACUGCUGAAAACUUUCAAGGAAUAUUUACGAGCGUUUUGAAGGAUUUCCUGUCAGUAACACUGAGUAAAACUAAUACUUUUGGAGAUAUUUAGAGGACGGAAUACGAAGUGAACGCUGCGUUCCAAGGGGAAUCACAUUUACGCUCCUUCGGUUAUACGCUUCUUUUUGCGGACGGAAGUUUCUGAGUUUUUUGGCGGAAAAAUGGGCAUAACUGGUUAUUUUGAGCUGCAGUGGAAAUGCCUGGUUGUUGUGGCUCUAAGACUGCUGUUCCUUGUGCCCGCAGGAGUGCCAGCGAGAAGCGGAGAAUCUUAUUUAAAGGACAACAUCACUGUCAGACAAGGAGAUAGUGCUGUCUUGAAGUGCAAUGUGGACAACAAAGUAUCACGGGUGGCAUGGCUCAACCGGACCACUAUCCUCUUCACAGGGAAUGAAAAAUGGUCGUUGGACCCCCGGGUGGUCCUACUAAACACAGCAGUCACUGAAUACAGUAUAAAGAUCAUAAACGUGAACUUAUACGACGAGGGGCCGUACGUGUGUUCCAUUCUCACCAACAAGAAACCAGAAUCGACUAAAGUGCAUCUCAUCGUACAAGUUCCUGCCAGGAUUGUAAACAUAUCCACGGAUGUUUCAGUGAACGAGGGUAGUAACGUAAGCCUCAUGUGUCUGGCCAUCGGACGACCUGAACCCAGCAUUUUUUGGAAAUUCCGUUCUUCAAAAGGUGAUGGAAAAGGUAAUAGAAUCAUAACUGAGGGUGAAUAUGUGGAAAUGACUGGAAUCACCAAAGACAUGUCCGGCUCGUACGACUGUAUCACGUCAAAUGACAUCUCGCCUCCAGACGUGAGGACUGUUCAGGUUACCGUAAACUAUCCACCUGUCAUUUCGCGAGCUCGGAGCACAGGAACGGCUGUCGGCCAGAAAGGAGUUUUGUGGUGCGAGGCGUCUGCUAUUCCUCUGGCGGAUUUUCAGUGGUAUAAGGGGGAGCGCAGACUCUUCAACGGACUCAACAGGGUCAAGAUUGAAAACAAGGGGAAACAGUCCAUGCUAACGUUCUUUAAUGUCUCGGAAGAGGAUUAUGGGAACUACACCUGCGUGGCCAUGAACACGCUGGGAAUAACAAACGCCAGCAUUAUUUUGUAUGGCCCCGGAGCGAUACACGACGUGAACAACGCAGCCUUAUUGCCAACCAGCUCAUUCUUGCUUCUGACUCUCGUUUUAACUCUUUCAGUCCUCUGCAAGUUUUGAUGCUAAAGCAGCGUGUCCGUUUCUCCGUAUACACACAGACUCACAGUCCCACACACAGAGAAGAAGAGUACUUUAUCAGUUAUUAUUAUCGUCAUCAUCAUUUGAAUUAUUUUGCCUUAUAUUUCGUUUCUGAAGGGAAGUGUCAGUGUGGGUUUAUGGGUCUGUAAUAAGAUGCUUUGGGAUUUAACCGUGUUUUGAAACAGUGAACUGGACUGUGAAUGGAGUCAGUUUGUUAGCUGGGUAGAAAUAAUAAUAGAACCACUAUAUGUGUCUCUUCAACCUCUUGUAUGUGAAAAGAGAAGCAAAAAUUCAUGUAAUUGUGAAUAACUGAAUGGUUUUUUGAUCAGUAUUGAACAGUGUGACUUGAGGUUACUGGUGUUCUGUUUUCCUGUAAAAUAACAUGAUUUUUUUUUUUUUUUUUUUUAAUAAUUGAUAAAAAUGACAAACAACAAAAAAGACAGAAAUAAAAGAUAAAAAAAAAAAGCUUCAGUUGGCCCAGAAGCUAUUUGGACACUUGAGUCACACUUAAAAAUGUCUGAAUGGCAUCAAGCAAUUUAUCUAUUUUCUCUGAACCUUACUUUACUUUUCUUGCAUUUUCAUUUUCAUCCUCUUACAUUUUUUCCACAAUCACUUUUUCUAUUCCCUUUAAAUGUGGUUUUCAGUGGAUGUAUGAAAUCACUUCUCCAGUGUAGUUCAUUACAUAAACUGCAAUAUGUACAUUGACUUUUUAAAAGUUCUAACACCACUACAAUGAUAUUACCUAAUAAAUACAAAAUAAAUUGUAAAAUUAUUAUCACUGAAGUCAUGGCUGCUGGAAAUUCAGCUUUUCCAUCACAGAAAUAAAUAACAUUUUAAAACAUAUAAAAAAGAAAGAAA